AUGGCAAACAGGUGGGGGCCCAGGGUAGAGCCUCCAAUAGGCAAAUAUGGUGAUCAGAUGGGAGUCAAGCAGCAAAGCCCCCAGAGUGGCUGGAGCAAUUUGGUGUCAUGGAUGGGUGCUGUCAUUUCAUUAACCAUAUGGCGGUAUGUUCAUUCUGAGGGACUGUGCGAGGCUAUGGAGUGGGUGCUGCAGGCAACCCACCAGUGUUACCAAAAGGCCGUAAUUUGGGCCAUUUGCAGUAAUUUUACUUUAUGGAUCGAUGUGGGUACGAAAUCGCUACCACCACGAAAUUCGUGUUGGACGAGCGGCGAUUAUGGAAAGUCAGCUGAAGAAAUCCUGAAUAAGGCAAAGAGCGGGUGCAGCUCCAAACGAAUACUUUGGAAAAAAGCCGAUGGAACCACCUCAAACACUCCCCAAAUACAUGUUGGGGCAUGUACCCUGGAAUGCCAUCAAGGAGAGGAUAGGUAUUUGAAAAUUAAGGCCAGGCGUCUGGAGAAGAAGGAACAAGAAAAGGACAAUGAACAUGGAUACAGCAGCAAAAAUACCAGGAGGUUUCUAAAGCAACCAAGCAAAAAACAAAAUUGCCCUGCACAGAUAAACAUAAAGCAGGUCCUGUUGUUCCCAGAAUUCCAGGUUGAUGAUGCUAAAUCUGAGUUUAAGCGAAAGAAAAAAAGCAAAGAAUUGAAGGAAGCUCUGGGGUCUGACUCUCGCCUGAAGGUCAAGGUGCAGUUCCAUGUAACCCUCCCAGAUCCUGUCAGUGGGCAUGAAGGUCAUCCUGUUGGAAAUGAUGCUGUGGCCUGUUUAAGAAAAAUAUUUGACAAACAAGUUGGGGAAAAAAUACGGCAACUUAAAGCUGGUGUUUCCAAGGUUCCUGAUUUACAGCGCCACCUGAGUCUCUCUGCUGAUACAGUUGCAAAGGAUGAGAAGUUGGAUGUCAACAUUUUGGAUCAGCGAUUCUUCCCAACAGAGGCUGACCUCAAGAAUCGUCUCUACCAUGCAGUUUUGUCAAUAAAGAAAUCCUUGGUUGACCAAGAGAAUAUAGAAAAAACUUUUGAAAAUUGGCAAAAGGCAAACCCAGAAGACAAGAUCUUUUUGCGGUACAAUAAAGCUGAUGACAAUCUCCUAUUUGUUUACCAAACAUCAUUUCAGCGGCAUUUGUUUAAUAAGUUUGGAGGGGUUUGGCCCUUCUUGAUGCCACGCACUGCACUACCAAUACUCGCCUUUAUAUAUUUUGGCCGUUGA